CAGAACAACCAGCCAGCAAAGUGUUGUUUUGUCUCGAACGAACGUCGCAACAGCUCCGUUUAUAUUGAGGAAAUACGAGUUCGGUCGGGGUGUGUGUUCGGUUGUGGUGAUUGUUUUUCCUCUCCCCAAAUCUCGUCCUAAGUAAGACGUGUGUCAACGUUCUACACAGCAUAGUGCCCAAGUUUAAUGCGUGUGAUGUGUCUGUGAGAAUUUUCGCUCGGGCUGAUAGCGGUCGCGGUGAUAAGGAGAAAAUUCUUGUUCGUUCCCCCUGCCCAGGGUUAGGGACUUAUGUGUUUCGGAAAUAGUUUGCAGCCAUCGUGCGGAAAUGCAACCACAGAUUAGCCGUAACGAUCUGGCCUGAAGCUCACGCUAACGGAGUCAACAAUUCCUCUACUGCAAGCAAUAUGAAUCACCUAUCACAGCAACGUUUCUACCAAAUCUCAACGGUUGCCGCCACGUUGUUACACUGCAGCAAAUAAGCAAGACUGAAUUACGUUUAACCAAAUAACAUACAGAAAUAACAACAAAUUUGCGUCUCCUGCCGGACGACCAGAUCAACUAGCGUGCACUAAUUGACGCUUCAUCCGUUCAGCAGCCCGGUGCAAAUCGCUCAACUAAGCAGUAAUCUCGAUAUGUCCUACACGAACGGUACCCAGAUGAAACCGUCCAGCGGUGCGCCCACUGGCACCGGUGGUGGUGGUACCGGUCCUCCACUUGGGCCACGGUUACCACCACCUGGACGCCCGCAAAAUUAUACAAUCUACAGCAAGGACUCCGAUCGGUUGCUUUGGGAAAUGCGGGCAACCCACCGGACUCCGAACACGACUCCGGCCAGCACCGUUCUCAAUUCGCCCGAUCUAACCGAUUUGGACAGCAAACUGCGCUAUCAACACAGCUCGCUGAUGCACCAUCACCAGAUCAAGGUCGGGCGCAGUCCGGUUGGUUCCGGAGGAAACAAUGAUAGCAAUAACUCUACGAAUCCCUCUAGCCCAACUCAGAUGGGCGGUGGGCUGGGAGCGAGUAUCCCAAGCGGAGGACAGCAGCAGUUUUCAUCCUUCUCGAUGCUCUCCGAUGGAGAAAUGGUCGUGUUCGACGACAUAGAAAAUGGGACUACUGGUGGGGGCCGCUGGAGAAUGAGCGACGAUCGAAACAUUCUCGGCAGUUCACCGGUGCCUUCGGAAAAUGAGGAUAGCUGUGGGUCCGGCGAAGGGCGCCGCGAUGGCGAUAUUGACGAACGAAAUUACUACGAUGUGGAUAGUUCGAAGAUCCAACGGAUUAUUGGUGGUUUGACGAUAGCGGAAUACGAGGGUUCCCCAAGGAGGUUCGGAAAUAUUGACCGUUACGAAAGCGACUCCGGUAGCGUGGUGAACAAGCCAUCCGGAAUGGCGAGACCAGGGUUUCCAAAGAGGGUAAUUUCGCCAUGUUCUUCGGAAACACACCAGCAGCGACCCGCAACUAGUGAAUCUAACUCGGAAUUGAUCAAUCUUAACGACGAUGAAGACUCGCGACUCAGUAGGAAAGCGGAUGAGAGUAAGUUCAACCUUUCUUACGCAGAAUAUUUUGCCUCUAACAAUGAUCUGGACGAGGGUGAUCGCAGUAACCCGACUCCGACUAACCUACUAACCGGUGUUGUCGAGAACGACGGUGGCGGAGUUGAUGAUUACUUUUUCGCCUACGCUUCCACUAACCGAAACGCUCAAAGCAAUGCCUAUGUCGGACAGCGGUUAGCUGCUAAGCCGCGCGACGGAAAUUUGGAGUGGGAAAGCGAAUCGGCUUCUCCACCCAAUAUGAACGAUUGUAGUAACGAGCAAGAUGAUCGAGACUCGAAUGGGACAAUCGGAGCUCAUCUCAGCAAUAGUUAUCCAUACUAUCAGCGUAAUAGCAAUCGUCAGUAUCACUAUGGUGGCAGUAAUGCAUCGCAUCAAACUGAAGCUCAUAAUCAACAGCACUAUUAUCAUUCUCAUAAUUCUCAUUAUCAUGGUUAUGGAGUUGGUGGUGGGGAAACACAGGACAUUGAACUGUACAUUGACUCUGGCAGUCGAAGCAGUGGUGGUGGAGAAUCGGAAACGGAUCAUCAUCUGCAGCACCACCACCAACAGCAUCAACAACAGCAGCAGCAACAGCAGCAUCAUCAUCAACAGUUGCAAGAUGACAGCAAGUUGAGAAAUUUCACCCUCUCUCCAGAAACAACCGACUACGAUUCCAACUGCGGUGAUCUAGACUCAGAGGUAUCGCUUCGUUACAUCGGCAAUGAAUACGGUCUUUCUGGGGAUUUAAAUGGUUUACCCGGACACGUAGGUGGGCAUGGGGAAACCGGAACGGACUACGCUCGGUUGUACAGCAGCAUGCCAAUUUUGGAGGACGGUCUAUCCAGUGGUCAUGCUUCAGAUAACGAGAAUAACCUACCCCUUCCCGGGUCCGGUAUCUCGAUCGUAAUGGAUCACCAACAAGCGAUUGCGGCCGGAGCCGAUACGGCGACUGACGGGGAACACGACACCAGUCACCAAUUUCUAUCUUCCAUUAAGUCGGCCUCAGAGCAGCUGCAGGAUGACGAAAAUCAGCACCUCGAUUCUUGCGAUGAGGUGCAAGAAGCAAUCAAGGACAUCAAGGCUGCUCUGCAGAAAACCAAAAUACUGCCUUCAACCGAAGGGACUUCAACACUGAACCCGGAUUUGGAACAAAUGUGUUCCGAUUCGCCGGUGUGGGUUCCAAGAUCCUACGAUAAAUCGCGAGAAAGUUUAGAUUCGGACCUCCCGGCAAAGCUACUCAGUGCGGAUGAGGAAGAAGCAGAUACGGAUUUGGAAACGGACCGUCUGCUCGGCCAGCAGCGGCUAGAUGAGCACGGAUUCGUGGAUGAUAAGAGUUGGACGGAACGGCCGAAAAUCCGCUCGGCCCGUUCACCCACGGUACCGCUAAUCAGCAAAAACCAUACCGCCAUCCGAGCUGGUCUCGGAACGCAACUGUCGGUCGAAUCACCGGUGAACAAUGUUGGCAUAACGAAUGUGUACGGUAAUGGGGGAAGCGUCAAGAUGGCGUCCCCCGGUGACGCGGAUGAUCUGAAACAGCUUUCGCCGGUGGUGGAGGCGUCCAGCCCUAUGCAUAAAAGUGAUCCAGACAAGAAGGGGAAGUCCAAAACGAAAGAGGAUCUCCUGGAUCCGGCAGUGCUCAUUGAGGGCGUACUAUUUCGCGCACGCUACCUCGGUUCUACUCAGCUGGUCUGCGAAGGUCAACCUACCAAGUCUACACGCAUGAUGCAGGCCGAGGAAGCCGUGUCCAGAAUUAAGGCACCGGAAGGGGAAUCCCAGCCCAGCACUGAGGUAGACCUGUUUAUAUCGACCGAGAAAAUUAUGGUGCUAAACACUGAUUUGAAGGAGAUCAUGAUGGAUCACGCGCUGCGUACAAUUUCAUACAUUGCUGACAUCGGCGAUCUCGUGGUGCUGAUGGCCCGACGGCGCUUUGUUCCACAGGAUGCCAGUGACACUGGGGCAGAUCCGGCAGCGGCCCUUACCAGUGCACAACAAUCAACCCUCAACAACAACAACAACAGCACAGCCACGGAUGGAGUUGGAGGUAGCAGUCCACCGCCGAAAAAAUCUAUGGCGCGAGGAAAUCGGACGCCCAAAAUGAUCUGCCAUGUGUUCGAAAGCGACGAGGCACAGUUCAUCGCGCAGUCUAUCGGCCAGGCCUUCCAAGUAGCUUAUAUGGAGUUCCUGAAGGCGAACGGAAUUGAGGAUCACAGCUUCAUGAAGGAAAUGGAUUACCAGGAGGUAUUAAACAGUCAGGAAAUUUUCGGUGACGAGCUGGAAAUUUUCGCUAAAAAAGAGCUGCAAAAAGAGGUUGUGGUGCCGAAAACAAAGGGCGAAAUUCUGGGGGUUGUGAUUGUGGAGUCCGGCUGGGGAUCGAUGCUACCGACGGUUGUGAUUGCGAAUCUGUCAUCAUCCGGAGCGGCUGCUCGCUGCGGCCAGCUGAACAUCGGGGAUCAAAUUAUCGCCAUCAAUGGGUUGAGCCUGGUGGGGCUCCCGCUGUCCACCUGUCAGGGAUACAUCAAGAACACUAAGAAUCAGACGGCUGUUAAGUUCACCGUUGUACCGUGCGCUCCGGUUGUGGAGGUCCGAAUCAAGCGGCCCAACACUAAAUAUCAGCUUGGUUUUAGUGUACAGAAUGGAGUGAUUUGUAGUCUACUUCGGGGUGGUAUAGCCGAGCGAGGCGGAGUUCGCGUUGGUCACCGUAUUAUAGAAAUUAAUAGUCAAAGUGUAGUGGCGGUGCCGCAUGAAAAAAUCGUGAACUUGCUGGCAACAUCGGUGGGUGAGAUUCACAUGAAAACCAUGCCCACUUCUAUGUUCCGGUUGCUCACUGGGCAGGAAAAUCCCGUCUACAUUUAAGCGGGAAUGUGAUACAGGCAACGGCAUUGAAAAUGGAUCAGCGAUCCGUAUAGGCGAAUAAUUCGGAACGAGUUACAUUAUAGUCUAGAAGAAGGGGGACAUUAUCGGAGAAGUUUUCGACGUGUUUGGCUCAGCGUUGACCAUUUCUCACCGGAUAAUGUAAAUUGUUAAGCAAAGACGCUUUAAUGUCGAUACAAUAAAUUUUUGAAGGCAAACCAAUAGAGGACGAAGAUGCUAGGUUGUUAUAUAAAUAAAUUAAAAUAUUCUAUAAACUUAAAACAAGAAAGGAACUUUGCAAAAUCUACCAUUGCGACGAGUGGAUUUCAAAGGGCAAGCUCCUCGGUGGAUCAAAAUUUCAAAACCAAUGCAAUGAUCAAACUCAGCUUGAAACAUCACGUUUUGAGGCCUAACCACUAAACUAAAAUUGCUAUACACGCGCUCUAACGCAAACCACGAACAAAACAACUCACUGAACGCAUUUAUCUUCCAAGCCACAUUUAGCAAUGGACUGCAUAGUUUUGCGCCAAAACUACUAAAUACUCUUUACAAGCAAAAAUGCCUAACUGUAGUCAUCAAAUUUCGGCACACAGAUACACACCAUAGCAAUCUGAAUCACAUCUCUAAUAUCUCUCAAAUAGCAACAGAGUAACUUUGAUAACAAACAGGAAACAAGAGUUCACGGUAUAGGGCAGAACAGAAUCAAUCGGAGAACAAAAUGUAAACAAAGAAGUAUUUAUUCUUAGUAAAGUAAUAUAAAUACGUAUCGCGCAGCGGUGCCUGCAGCCCGCAGGAGCAUAUUUAACAGGGACAAACAAGUACGCUAGAAACGGCAGAUUCAUACUGUCGAGACUCUCGUUUUCUUUUUUCGGUGUAAAAUCACCUGUUACUAAAACAAAAUAGUGGCGAGCAAGCGAAUAAAGGAAUAAUAGUGGAUGGCAAUUUAAAGAGAAACUACAAUGUAUGUUAUACAAACAAACAAAAACCAAUGAAAAAAGCAAACUGAAAGAAUAAAUAUUUAAUGUGAUAAUAAGCAAGUAAUCAUCCCAAAACAAUCAGCAGCAAGAAAAAAAAGGUUGUUGAGAAAAAAAAAACAAUAUUGAACGAAAACAAAUCGCUAUAAAGUCGAAGCAAUCA